AAAUCUGGAAAUGUCUAAUAGGAAUUUCCCAUUAUACAUUUUAUAGAUUUUGUCGCAAAAGUGCACAAGAUCAAGGUUGUGACAACUUCCGUUUUUUUAAAAACCGGGAAAUUAAUUAUGGGAUUAUCAUUGCUAUAAUAUAUUUCGAAUGAAAAUGGAGUUUUAUAACUACUUUCGAGUAUUUCUGUUACUGACUUUUAUCCUUAUAAAAGCAAGGGAAAGCUGUAUAAUUAAAACUGGACCUUAUAAAGACAAAUGCUGUGAACAUUUUAUGCUAAAUACAACUACCAAUGAAUGCAUUCCCUGCCCUGUCGGAUACACAGGACACAACUGCUCCUCACCAUGUCCGUCACCUUCAUAUGGAUUCCAAUGUGAAAAAAUAUGUUUCUGUCCGGCUUAUUUAUGUCAUUUUAUAACAGGCUGUCCUGUCUCCAAUGGGAAUUCAUUAUAAAACCUCAAAAUUUCCUGCCAUUGGCGUGCAUUUCAACACAUGCAACCUCUUCAGAUACUUCGUGCAUUUUCCCGCAAUAGUAAUAGUUUGUCGUAAAAAACCUUUCGAGAGAAGAAGACGUCAAAAUAACUUUCUCACAGGUUCAACAUGACUAACCAUCUACAAUACGGCUGAAAAAUUUUAUUUUUUGUUUUCAUUUGCCCCUUUGCCCUACACGUUGAGUUAA